AUGCCGAGACUGACAGACUGGUUCCUGCUCUCGCUCAUUCCUGGCCUUAUCCUCCUCCACCUCUACGUUUCGCCCUACACAAAAGUCGAGGAAUCUUUCAACAUCCAAGCCAUACACGACAUCUCCACUUAUGGGAUACCGACCAAGAAUGCGAAGAACAGAUUACACACCCAAUAUGAUCAUUUCUCUUUCCCUGGUGCAGUCCCGCGCACCUUCGUUGGGGCAUUGAUAGUAGCGGGAAUAGCCAAACCUUUUAUGUGGAUUAAUUCGCAGAUUCAUUGGCAAUUACUAGUGCGAGGGAUCGUGGGUUGCUUCAAUGUCUUUGCACUCAUUUCAUAUGCCAGAGGCGUUCGACGUGCAUUCGGUAAGGAUGUUGCGGUUUGGUAUAUUUUAUUCCAAGCCAGCCAGUUCCAUGUCAUAUAUUAUGCCUCUAGGACCCUUCCAAAUAUGUUCGCUUUCGGUAUCACCACUUUUGCAUUCCGAUAUCUCCUCCCCGAACCCUCCUCAGCGGUACAGAAUAUCCAAUCCCGCAAAAGAUACCGUCUUAGCCUCUACCUUCUCACCAUCGCAGGUAUAGUUUUCCGCUCAGAAAUCGCCCUCCUCCUAGCAACCACAACUGCAGACCUCUGGGCCAAAAAGCGCGUAAACCUGCGUAGCGACAUUCUUCCCGCCGCCAUAUCUGGCAUAAUCAUUGGCCUCUUUUCCACAAUCAUCACUGACUCGAUAUUUUGGCAAAAGUUCCCACUGUGGCCCGAACUCGCCGCCUUCAAAUACAACGUCAUCUCCGGCCACGCAUCCGCCUGGGGAAUCUCUGCCUGGCACUUCUACCUCACAAAUGCCCUCCCACGCCUCCUCCUGAAUCCCGUAACCUACACUCUCUGCAUCCCCCUCUCAAUCCUCCAGCCUUCUACCCGCCCCACAGCAACCUCCCUCCUCCUCUCACCCCUAGCCUACAUAUUCCUCUAUAGCUUCCAACCACACAAAGAAUGGCGCUUCAUCCUCUACACGAUUCCCCCGUUAACCACCACCGCUGCCCUCGGUGCUUCUUAUAUCUGGACGCACCGUUCCAAAAAACCACCAUUGUACCACAUCCUCGCCGCCGUCCUCUGCCUUUCCACCCUAACCACCUUCGCAAUCUCCACCUUGCUCCUCCUCCCCAUCUCCGCCACAAACUACCCGGGCGCCCACGCCCUGAACGCCCUACAUAAUAACCACCCUUAUAAUCACAAUGACUCUCGCAUCACGCGACAACAAACCAUCACGGUGCACAUUGACAAUCUCUCCUGCCAGACGGGCGUGACACGCUUCCUACAGAAGCCCCCACCCAAAUCACCGCUCAUCGUUCUCCCUGGAACCCCCGAUGGGAGGUAUCCGGAACUCCGUAGCGGGGAGCAGAAGUGGGUGUAUGACAAGACUGAUGCGGGCGAUGUAGCGCGUAUGAAGAGAGCGGAUGCGGAGCGGUUCUGGGGACAGUUUGAUUAUUUACUUGCGGAGGUUGUUGGCGAUGGCGCUAAUAAUAUUCCUGGUCGAUGGGAGGUUGUUGAUGAGAUUACGGGUUUCGGAGGAGUAAAGGUUCUGAGGCCUGGCGAUGAGUUUGUUGGUGAUGGGGUGGGAGGAGGGGUUGAAGAAGAGGUCUUAGGGAGGCUUUUUGGGGAUAAAGCUGUAGACGGUUGGAGUUGGGUUAAGAGGGUGGGGAGAAAAUACGUUACCCAGGGCUGGUGGGUGGAGGUGCGGAUGGUGCCCAAGAUUAGGGUUCUGAGGAACGUUGGGUGA